GCAACACCAAAUAUGUGGAUUGCGAUGGCACAUCACAUGCGAAGCUGGAGAUGUCAUUAAACUAGUGUCGGUAGGCUAGUAGUGACGCGUUGACUAACAUCGAGAGUAGGAUGACAACUUUUACUCCCCGACUCAGUCAUAUCCCAAGGAACACUAGUACUACAGUGUGUGACUUGAUGGCAAUAAACGACCUGAACGCAGCGCUGGAGGACUACUUUGCGGGCAAGGUUUUGGAGGUGGAAGGUAGAAAACGAACGAGAUGUGCGUGCUUUCUGGAUCCCUCACUACUUCUAUUGCUUAUCUUGGCGUGUGUUGCUACUAGCAUGCAACUUGUGAUCUGGUGUCGGCUUUUGCAUCAUAGUGGAGCCCUUUACCUCUCCCAAGCAUUCUCCUGCCCCAUGCUCGAGAUCUGGGACAUAACGGUGUCACGCUUUCUCGAGCUCGUCUGCGUUUUCGUGAAAUGGAAAGAGUCUUUAGAGAAGUUGCGACUUAUUGGCGAUGAUUUUUACUCGCCUUCAUGUGCGAUGUUUGUCGGGUCACUAACUGAAGACGAAUUUACUAGUCCUAAGGUGAUUCUUAACUCCUGUACAGUAAGCUAAUUCAUUUUGGGUGCAUGGCCCGUUAUACUGAUCUAGUUUGCCGAUUGGCC